AUGUCGAGCUAUUCGCUAUUUCGAGUACUUUCGCCGUCCCGGGCUAGUCCAACGUUAAAUCCAAAAAGAUAUAUGGCCGACAUUACGUUGUAUUGCUACCUUCUAGGUACUCCUAUUAAUAGUUCUAUUCCGGUUGACAUUGGCGAAAUGACCCGCGUUGAAGGAGUUGAUGUCCCUAUUGAAAAGUUCUCCUUUGGACAUCUCAAGAAACAAAUAUGGCCCAACAACAAUGAAGCUAAUAAACUUAGGUUAUGGAAGUUCGAAACCCCUUUCAAAAAAGAUAAUGAGGAUUUGAAAAGAUUUAACGAAAAUUUUUGUAAUGAUACUGACCUUGAACAAGAACUUGGUGAAGAUUUGAGCCCAGAACCACCAAUGAAAAAAAGGCGCCUUUGGAAAAUAGAUCCUAAAGGAAUAUCUGUUAUUCAAAGUAAUAAUGAGGUUCAACAGGUCUCUGUGUCGGAAUCAGAGUUCCAAAGGAUGCGCAUGUAUCAUCAAUUAUAUGUAGACAAAACGUGUUGGUUAACUCGGCUUCGGUUAAAUAAUGGCCAAUAUUUUGUAUCACGGCCUCGAAAAUUUGGCAAAUCAAUGUUUCUCUCAAUGGUUGAAUCUUUCUACUUGGUUCAAUAUAAUCUCUUUGAGAAUCUAUACAUACGAGAUCAUCCACCAAACAUUUUUGUCAAUAAUAAAACAGAGAGAUGGAACGAGAACUUGCCUCCGAUACCAGUCAUCAGGCUUGACUUUUCUUUGUUAACAUCGGACAAAGGAUCAGAGAUGUUAGAAAACGACUUGAUUCGAGUUUUACAAUCGGUUGGAGAGCAAUAUGGCAUCGACACCGUGAAUGAUAAUGUUAAGAGUGCCACCUUUAAAUUAAUUAAGUCACUAGCUGACGAUAAUGAAAAUAAGUAUGGACAAGUGGUAAUUCUCAUAGACGAAUACGAUUCACCACUAUUAAAUGUCAUUGGUAUCACAAAAGAAAGCACAUAUAUUGCAAAUGACAGCCACGGCGUACUAAAGAGUUUUUUUGAAGUAAUUAAGGCACUACAAAGUAAAAUUAAAUUUCUUCUCGUUACGGGUGUAACAAUGUUUGCACAUUUAGGUUUAUUUUCAGGAUUAAAUAACCUUAAGGACGUAACAUUAAGUAAUGAAUUAUCUGGGGCAUACGGUUUCACAAGUGAUGAGAUAACAAAAGUGUUUGGAGACAAACUAUUAAAUCUCGGCAAAUCAGAUCGCUAUAAUGAUGUGCAAGAUGUUAUGAAUAAACUUCAGAAAAAAUACAAUGGUUAUUCCUGGGACGGCAACAUUAAAGUGUAUAACCCAUAUAGCAUUUGCAGUUUUUUUGAGAAUUUUGAAUAUGAAAACUUUUGGAUUCAAAAAGGGAAAACCAAAUUUUUAGCUAGAUUGAUUGGUACGGAACAUGUCAAGAAUAUCGUAGAUCAAAUCACGAUAAAGAAGAGAUUAGUCGUACCUGUUGAUGUUGAUGAUAUACAAAAAUCAUCUGACCUUCCCGCUUCAUUACUAUUCCAAACUGGCUAUUUAACUAUCAAACAACAGAAAAUAGAUGAUGAUGACGAACAGUGUUUAGUUCUCGAAAUUCCAAAUGCCGAAGUUAAAGAGUCAUUGAUGAGCGAACUCUGGGCUUGUCUAUAUAACACUUCAAUAGAAACUGCAUGCAAACGAAUUUACACACUAGCAAAACUUCUCAAGAAUGAUAAUUGUAUUAAAUUUAUGAGAGCAUUUAAUGAUGAUUUAGCAUCUAUCCCAUAUAAUGAAAGUCAACAUGCAGGAGAUUACGAGGGUUAUUACCAUUCGCGUGUCCAUAUGUUAGUGCGUUAUAUUGGAUUGCCAUUUCGGAGUGAGGACGCUACGAGUCAAGGCAGAACUGAUAUGUGGAUAAUGACAAAUAUGUCCGUUUACUAUCUUGAAUACAAGCGCUGCAUUCCACCAAAAACAUCGAAUGAUCAAGUAAUCAGGAACUUAAUACAAGAAGCAAUAGAACAAAUAUUUACAAAUGAAUAUUAUUCUUGCCAUACGGAAUUUCAUGACAAGUCCCUAUAUGCUGUUGGAUGUGUUUUUUCAACAGGAACUCGAAAAAUAUGUGGAGUUGGAAUUCAAGAAUUUACUUACGGGUCGAAUAAGCUUGAAAAAAUGGAAAUACAAAAUUUCUUAGAUGAAUUUUCUUAA